AGAGGCUGCGCGCUCGUGGCCCACUUCUUUGGCUCCGCAGCGACGGGAGCGCGCAUUGGAGCGCACACUCGCAGGAGCGAAGCUCGGGAACGGCGGCUCACCGGGAAAAAUGUUCCCGACGCACUGUCAGGGUCUGCCAACGCCACGAGAACGGAACCCUGGACUCCAGUCUUUUUGAGCUCUGAAGGAGGACUUAAAAAGCUCCGAGAAGCAAGAGAGAAAACACUGAACUUUACAUUUAACAGGUGCAGAAAUGGCGUGCAGACUCUUGCAGCUCCUUGCCUUGUGGACGUGCGUGUUGGGCGUCGUGCACUGUUGUCCAGAGCUUUGCAUCUGCCAGGAUAAAUUUAAUCAAUAUUUUGCAGACUGUGCUUACAAAAACCUGCAGGAAGUCCCCGUCGGCCUCCCCAUCAACGUUACCACAGUGAGCCUUUCUGCCAAUCAGAUCAAGCUGCUGAAAAGUAACAGCUUCAUCAGCAUCUCUCAGGUCACCUCUGUCUGGCUGGCCCACAAUGAGAUUGUCACCAUAGAAAUGGGAACGUUGGCCCCUCUGGUUCAUCUUCGCAACCUGGACGUCAGCAACAAUAAGAUUGUGAACUUUCCCUGGGAGGAUCUGCGGAACCUCACGACGCUCCAGCUGCUGAAGAUGAACAACAAUGAGAUGGUGAACCUCCCGAAGGACGCCUUCUCCACGCUCAAAGACCUGAGGUCGCUUCGCAUCAACAACAACAAGUUUACCACAAUCGUGGAGGGGACCUUCAGUGCGCUCUCGUCUAUGUCCCAUCUGCAGAUCCACAGCAACCCCUUCACUUGCUCCUGCAACUUGGAGUGGCUGAGGGACUGGAUCCUAACAACCAAAAUUUCUGUCCCAGAUUUAAACACGGUUGCAUGCGAGACGCCGGAGCACCUGAAGGGUGUGAUGGUUACAAAGAUCCCAAAGCUCACCUGUGUGGCCCCCACUCUCAGCAUAACCUACCAACCAGACAUAGAAAACACACAGCUCUAUGAAGGCGCCUCCAUCAUCCUGAACUGUGAGACAAAAGGGAGCCCCAGCCCGCAGGUCAACUGGGAGGUGACGGUGGGAAACCAAAACCUCCUGUUCUCUUUGCCGUCCUCUGGAGAAAAGAGCGAUUUACCUGUGAAUGAUAAAGCAACCAGCAGCAGAAUGCUGGUAUUCCGGAACGGCACACUCAUCAUCCCUCGCCUGAGCAAAAAGGAGGACGGAACAUACAGCUGUAUUGCAGUGAACGAGCUGGGCACGGCGGAGAGCAGCAUCAAAGUGGCUGUGACAUCACAAAAACCGGGCCCCAAAUCAAUCCCCGAGUCCACCGUGGACAAGAUCCGCCCGUCAGACGUGAAGCCUGCAGACCCCAUCGUUUCCAAAAACAACGUGCUUAAAUGGAACACGAAGGACGAAGAAACAAAAGCGCCCCCAGAUGCUACUAGAAAAACUGAAUACAAGGAGAAGGUGGAAGGAGUUUCCAAAGACCCCAAGUUUGCAAGCAAAUGUGGCGUCAGGGAGAGCAGCGAGUACAUCUCGAACCACGCCUUCAACCUGACCCUGGAGGACCUGAAGCAGUACACCUUUGAUUUUGGGGUUAUUGCUUUGGAAGUGUCGGAGACGGAGGCCAAAGUGCAGCUGAACCCCCUUCAGCUUCCCAGCAGCAAAUCAAACCUCCACAUCAGCCAAACUACAAACCAGGGAACUGUGAGCAAAGAGCCUGCAGGCCUGUUACAGUCCUCCUCCAGCAAGAGCACUCUAGACAUGCUCUAUCUGUGCAUUAACACAGGAAAUGGACACUCCAUCGUUCAGUGGUCCACUAUAGAGGAGGGGGUGAAUUCCUACCACUUCCACGGUUUACAGCCGGGCACCAAUUACACCCUUUGUCUCACUUAUGGGGGGCAGGACUGCCAAGUCCAAGUCGUCUUCACAACCAGGAAGAAACUCCCCUCCCUCCUGAUCAUCGUAGUUGUCAGUAUUUUCCUAUUGGGGCUGGCCACUGUCCCCCUGCUGGGAGCCACCUGCUGCCACCUCUUAUACAAGUAUCAAGGUAAAACCUACAAGUUCAUCAUGAAAGCUCAGAACGUGGAUCAGAUGGAGAAACAGAUGACGAGAGACUUUGAUCCCAGAGCUUCUUUUGUGGAGUCUGAGAAAACCCUGGAUCCGAGCGAGGCGGGGGAGGGAGACGGAGAGGCCGAGGGGGAGGAUGGAGACGGGGAUGGGGAGGCUGAGGGCAGCGUGGUGACCGAGUCCAUCCCCGGAUCCUCAUCCAAAACCAACCAGGAGGAGUUCGAGAUGGGCUCCGAGUACAGUGACAGAUUACCGCUCGGCGCGGAGGCUGUGAACAUCUCGGAGGAAAUCAACGGCAACUACAAGGAGCCCAGCCGCUGAGCUCCGCGCGCGCGCGCGCAUCCCCGCCGCUCUCAUGUAUUAUAGUUUCCUUUUUAAAUAACAUCCUUUUAUUCAGGUAACUAUGUGCAUUUAUGCUUAAAAAUAUCCCAAACAUAUAUUUAAAAAAGGAGUGGAUCUUAAUUUCUGUUUACCUCAGAGAGCCCGUCUUUAGUCCCUAUUCGGAAUUUGUGUUGCAUUUGUGGUCAGCUGCGGGAUUUAAAAUCAUAAUGUGUUUACAUUAAAGCACAAGUUUACAGUUUUCAUCAAAACUGACAAAAGGGCAGCGCAAAUGAUUCGACUCCCGUGCGCCAGACGCACCAUCCGGCGCGCAAUUUACGCAUAAGCCAAGGCUUACAAGAAAAGAGCUUAAAAAUAUGGCAACUGUUGCAAUUUUUUUUAUUAUAUGAUGCACAUAAAUAAGAAAAGUGCCAUAUUUGUAAAAGCCAAUAACACUACACUGCCAUAGGGUCUCGAUUUUCUUGAAAAUGCGCGCGUAAAGAUGGAAAAAAGUCACCGCGCGGCACCUGACAGCGUCUGUCUGCGAGUUUAUGACUGUUUUGUGCUUUAUUAGAAAUCCCAGGUUACUCACAAAAACACGUCUCACCAAAAAGGCUUUAACAAAGAGCGACUUUAACCUCCUCAACAACGGGUGCUCACCAUAUCUUGUAAAAUGAACUUGUCUAUGGCAUGUUGUAAGUGUUUCCUUGUGUGUUAUUUCUCCUAUAGUCUGUAGGAUUUAGACGUGACUCUACCUGUGUGAUGUAAAGCCAAGUGAACUGAAAUUAUUUCCUUUUUCUCCUUCCUGCGCUCUCAGUGGAGUCAGAGAUGGGAGAAAAAAGGCGCAGAGAGCGUUUGGCCGCUCCGCUGUCAUGUAAUUUGAUACAUAUAGUGAGUUUUUUGUGAACCAUUGUUACAGACAGAACAAAAAACGUGACCUUUUGAGAUUUUUUUAUAUAAUUUUUAUGUAAGUGGAAUAAAUAAAUACUAAUAAUAAUC